UACAGAGUUUUUCGCUUUGUGCUGACAAUGAUUUUCGCCAUUGAAGAAAUCAACAAGAACCCAAGGCUGCUCCCUAAUGUUACAUUGGGUUACAGGAUUUAUGAUACUUGUACAAUGCCGUCUUUUACUUUGAAAUCAACCUUUGACUUUCUAAACAGAGGUGAAGACACGACUCCCAAUUUAGCUUGCAAAAAGUCCUCUACUGUCUCUGCCAUUGUCGGUGACUCUGGGUCCUCACAGUCUGUAGCAAUGGCCACCUUAAUCGGCCCAUUCAGGAUUCCUAUGGUCAGCUACUUUUCCACCUGUGCUUGCCUGAGUAACAGGAGGAAAUAUCCAUCAUUUUUCAGGACAAUACCGAGCGACUAUUUCCAGGCAAGAGCGUUAGCUCAUCUCGUAAAGCGCUUUGGCUGGACAUGGAUCGGGACGAUUAAAAAUAAUGAUGAUUAUGGUAACUUUGGGAUGCAAGCUUUCACCGAAGCUGUCCAACAAUUAGGUGUUUGCAUUGCUUUCUCCGAGUCUAUUCACAGAACAUACCACAGGGACAAGUUACUUAGAAUCGUAGAUGCCAUAAAGAAAUCUUCCACCAAAGUCAUCGUGGCCUUCGUCGCGCCUGCGGAAAUGACAGUUUUAUUGAAUGAGAUUAUACGACAGAACGUGACGGGUGUACAAUGGAUAGGAAGCGAGGCUUGGGUAUCCACGCAGUUCCUACCUCAGGCAGAAAGCAGACGUUUUGUCUCUGGCACAAUCGGAGUUGCAAUUCGCCAGGUAGAUAUACCAGGACUGAGAGAAUUUCUCAUGGGCGUCAAUCCUUCUCUGUAUCCAGGCAAUCCUUUAGUGAAGGAGUUCUGGGAAUCAACCUUCAGCUGUACACUGAUGAGCACAGAGAACACAACAGAUAAAAAGCCAUCUCCUCUGCUGAAAGAAUGCACCGGAAGAGAGAUUUUGCGGACAAUGCAUAAUGAAUUUACUGAUGUUUCGCAGUACAGGGUUACUUACAAUGUAUAUAAAGCUACGUACGCAAUAGCCCACGCUCUUCACAACAUGCUGUCGUGUCAAAAUGGCAAAGGACCAUUUCCCCAGAAAGAUUGUGCAAAUAUCUCAAGUUUUCAACCGUGGCAGCUUCUACAUUACAUGAAAACGGUCAAUUUCACUACCAAGAUCGGUGAAAAUAUCCACUUUGAUGAAAACGGAGAUCCAGUGGCCACAUAUGAUAUUGUAAACUGGCAGCCGACUGCGGCUGGCGGCGUGGAUAUUGUCGGUGUCGGGGUCUAUGACGGAUCAGCUCCUCUUGGCCAAGAAUUUGUGAUAAAGGACGAAGCAAUUGUAUGGAGUGGAGGUCAAAUUACGGUUCCAAGAGCGGUUUGCUCCGAAACCUGCCCCCAUGGAACGAGGAAAGCAACAAGGAAAGGACAACCCCUUUGCUGCUUUGACUGCAUAAGAUGCGCUGAUGGUGAAAUUAGCAACAUCACAGAUUCUCCAGAUUGCAUGAAAUGCCCAUGGGAAUACCGGUCCAACAAGCAACGAGACGAAUGCAUAUUGAAGGAAAUUGAGUUUCUUUCUUUUGGCCAUCUGAUGGGGAUUAUUUUGUUGACACUGGCAUUGCUCGGAGCUUCCCUAACGUUCGGUGUAUUUGCUUUGUUUUAUGUUCACAGAGACACUCCUAUUGUUAAAGCUAACAACUCGGAGUUAAGUUUUCUGCUUCUUUUUGCAUUAUUUCUGUGUUUUCUGUGCUCAAUUACAUUCAUUGGAGAACCUUCCAUCUGGUCUUGUAUAUUGCGUCACACAACAUUUGGUAUCAUUUUUGUUCUUUGUAUUUCUUGCGUUUUAAGUAAAACAGUUGUUGUGGUGAUGGCAUUUAAUGCACUCCUUCCGAAGAAUAACAUGAUGAGGUGGUUUGGACCUGUUCAACAGCGUCUAUCUGUUUGUGUACUUACAUUGGUGCAAUGUUUAAUAUGCACGCUUUGGCUAAGAUUAUCACCUCCUUACCCUCUAAAGAACGGCGAAUAUUUUAAGGAAAUAAUUGUUUUUGAAUGUAAUGUAGGCUCGCCAAUAGCCUUUUAUUGUGUCCUCGGUUAUAUUGGAUUUCUGUCUUGUGUGUGUUUUGUGGUUGCUUUUCUAGCUCGACAACUUCCAAACAAUUUCAAUGAAGCUAAACACAUCACCUUUAGCAUGAUUAUCUUCUGUGCUGUAUGGAUAACUUUCAUUCCAGCAUAUAUCAGCUCCCCUGGUAAAUACACUGUAGCUGUGGAAGUGUUUGCGAUUUUGGCAUCCAGUUUUGGACUCCUUUUCUGUAUUUUUGCCCCCAAAUGUCAUAUUAUCCUACUGAGAAAAGAAAGGAAUACAAAGAAGCAUAUGAUGGAUAAAAUGGCUUCCAAUGAUCUUUAA